CAUGACCGCGGCUGAACGACUCGCUGCUGAGGCGGAUAAGUACAAAGAGGCUGCUGGUGGUGGUGCAGACGGGACAUGCUGUGUGCCACGGGGCUGAAGUAUAACCUUGUUGAAGUUUUACGUUAAGUUACUACCUCAACUGGACGAUUUGUCCUCCAAGAAUUUAACUCCAAGGGCAAGCAGAGAGGAGGUGUUGCAUUCAAGUCCAAAAACAGCGUGUGGAGACAUUUGGCGUCGGUCUGCAGGUUGCAUGGUAAUCUGGAUUUGAUGCAUGGCAGUUGCAUGACCACAGUAGGUCUUGUUGUGGGACUAAGAGCACACAGCUGCAGCCAUGGCACAAACCAUGCACGUGAAUGGCAAUGGCCCAGAAAGAGGACAAAGAUGCCCGAGCACAGAGGACGAGAAGGACUCUGUGGCCCCCUACUAUGUUGAAACUCCCUAUGGUUAUCAGCUAGACCUGGACUUCCUCAAAUAUGUCGAUGACAUUGAGAGGGGCAACACCAUUAAGAAGCUGAGUAUCCAGAGGAAGCCCAAAGUGGCCAAACCCUUGGCAGUGCCUCGGGGCAGCACUGGCGGGGGCAGCACUCGGGCUGAAUGGACCUCCACAGACUCCCUGUCCUCCUCCAACAGUGACGACAAACAGUCCCCAGUCUUCUUCAACUCCAGGCCCCAGGUCGCUGCGCCUCUGACCCCCACCUUCUCCAGAGCCACCUGUGAAGUCCCCCUGCAACAAUCUUACUUGGGCAUCACGGAGCAGAAAUUGCUCCUGCCACCUCCUUCGCCAAGGUUUGCCCCUCGACACAACCUCCAGGUGGAGAAAACCCUCAUGGAGACUCGUCUUCGUCUCGAACAGGAGCGUUUGCUCAUGCUGCCGCACAGCGAGCCUCCGAUUCCACGCCGCCGACUCGCCAGCUUCGGCGGCAUGGGCUCCAGCAGCUCGCUGUCCUCUUACUCAAGCUCCAUGGCCCCAAGCCAGAUCUCUCCCAGCACCAAUCAUCCUCUCCCGAUCAACGGUCACCUCCCCAAUGGAGAGUAUAACCCCUACUACCCGCCAUCUAUGGGCAGCUCAAUCCGCCACAGCCCCAUGAGCUCCGGCAUGGCCACGCCUGUGUCAAAUGUCAGCCCGUUACACCUUCAACAAAUCCGGGAGCAGAUGGUUGUGGCCAUAAAGAAGCUAAAAGAGCUAGAGGAGCAGGUAAAAAUCAUUCCUAUCUUACAGGUUAAGAUUGCUGUUCUUCAGGAAGAGAAAAGACAAUUGGCCGCUCAGUCCAAAAAUCAAGGUCCUGGUGGCUUUCGCAAGCGCUCCUACAGUGUAGGCAGCGCUGACCAAAUGGAGAACCCGGGCCCCAUCCAAAAGGAAACAGAGCUGCACAUCAUGGAGCCUGAAGCCCAGGAACAGAGUGCUCAACGGCUGGAGGAGUUCAGACGUCUGGCUUCUGAGGUCCAAGCUUUGGAGAAGACGACCCAGGACAAUAAUGUAACGGAAAUUCGGCCUCAUAAGCCCACGCAACACCAGGCCCACCAGAAGUCCAUUGGUAUAGUUACUGAUGAAAACAUGAACAACCUUCCUGUCACUCGGAGGACAAAUGGACAUUGUUUCAAGGAUGCAGGCGUAUCGACUGAGCAGCAGGAAAUGCGCAAUGUUGCAGUUGGUGUGACCGAGGCCAUGCUGGGCAUGACCAGUGAAGCUGAGCGAGAGAUCGAGCUCCAGCAGCAGACAAUCGAAUCGCUGAAGGAGAAGAUCUACCGCCUGGAGGUGCAGCUGAAAGAAACUACUCACCAAAUAGAGAUGGGAAAGCUCAAGCUGGAGCUCCAAGUGGCCGGUGGGUCAAACAAGAAGAAAGCAGACAAAGGUGUGAUGGCCAGGCCAGAGAUGUAUAACGCCUGUGUGGAGGAAGUCCAGAUGCGCAGCCAAGGAGUGGGUGACCAUCUGGAACUCAAUGCUAACACAGCUAGAACUCUACAAAGCCACACUAUAGGAGUGUCCUGUCAACCCAGUGUGCAGAGUGUUGCCACAGGCCCCGAGAUCGCGAUGGAUCGGUGGGUGGUGCAUGAGCGUGUGGAUGUAAACGACCAGUGUGUUGGGAGACGAGUGGAGAUGUGCCACCAGCAGGUGGGCAUGGAGCUGAAUGUUUGCGAGGUGGGAAUUAACACAGAGGAAUCAGUAGACAGCCUGGCUCUCUGCAAACCCAUGACUGAGUUGAGCAAAGAGUCGAGAUCAGUCGGCUGCGGGGAUUGUUCAGUGGAUGUGAUUGUUAGUCCCAUCAAGGUGCUGGUGUCACAAGGAACGGACCCAGAUUAUGUCAGCAAAGUGGACUCUGGUGUCAUGGCUGCUCCUGAGCUGACAACUCAGCAGACCAAUACUGAGAUGGAAGUUGCGAGCAAAUCCACCAACACAAAAACUGCCGUCCUGACAGACUCAUUCACUGAUAUGGGGUUGAUCACGUGUGACAAGAACACCAACACAGCUGUGACUGAGACGAGGACGGUCGCUGCCGGGGAGGGACUUAUCAAAGAUGUUCACUCAACAGCAAAGAUGCGUUCGAUUGCUGUUGGAACCACCACAGAUGAGGAGUUAUUUGUUGGCAAAUCGAGCUCUACGAAAACCAAAGAAUGUGGGGUGGGAUCAGUUGGCAUCCAUGAGAACUUCUUGGUUGGAUUAAAAACCAGGAACAUAGCAUGCGGCCCGUCCCAGGCAGCUGAUUGUCUCACAAACUGCAGCAAAGAGACAGUGGAGGUUGAGACUGAGGCUGCACCACUGCAAGCUCGGGCCCAGGAGGGCGCUGGACUGGACCAUUACAUCGAGAGGGUGCAGAAGCUUCUGCAGGAGCAACAAAUGCUGCUGGCGGAGAACUACAGUGAGCUUGCAGACGCCUUCGGUCAGCCCCAGUCCCAGUUUGGAUCCAUCAACAGUCAGCUGGUCAGCACGCUCUCGUCCAUCAAUGUAGUCAUGAAGUAUGGAAGCGCCGAGGACAUCCUCAAGCUGCAGUCAGACUCAAGCGAAGAGAGCAGUCAGCAGCUUCAGACGGACAUGGAGAAGCCUUCAUCGGGCCUGUCUGCUGCAGAAGAACCUGCCAACACACCUGCACAGCAGAUCAGUGCCGCUGAGCAGAAGAGCCGUAUGGACCUGCAGAUGUCUACAGCGCUGCACGGGCAGCCGUGCAGCCACAAUACCCUGAAAUCCAUCAUGAAGAAGAAAGAUGGCCGACCCGACUCCAACGGCACCAAGAAGAACCUGCAGUUUGUCGGGGUUAACGGAGGGUAUGAGACUACAUCAAGCGACGACUCCAGCUCAGAGGACAGCAGCUCCUCGGGGUCGGAGGAAGAGGAGGAGGAUGAGGAGAAGGAGUUCGGAGGAAAGGAGGAGGAAUAUAAGAACGUGGAGGGAAAGACUAUCGGGGAGGAGUUUCAGCCUGAGGGAGCAGAGGGCGUGAUGAAGAAGAAGAAGGAGGAGGAAGAGGAAAGUUCAGAGAAACAGGAAAUGAGAGAGAGGUAUGAGCUGAGUGAGAAGAUGCUGACGGCGAGCAACGUUCUCAAAUCUCACCUCGGUGACCCAAAAGCUGUGAGCAGUAAAGAUCUGAGAGCCUGUCUGAACACGGUGCAGCACGAGUGGUUUCGUGUGUCCAGCCAGAAGGCGGCGAUGGCGGCCAUGGUGGAGGACUACCUGGGGACCUUCGGCGCCAUCUCGCCGGCCGUGCUGCGCCACAUCGUCAACAUGGCAGACGGCAACGGCAACACGGCGCUGCACUACAGCGUGUCGCACUCCAACUUCCAGGUGGUGAAGAAGCUGCUGGAUGCAGAUGUGUGUAACGUGAACCAGCAGAACAAGGCGGGAUACACGCCCAUCAUGCUGGCCGCGCUGGCCGCAGUGGAGUCGCCCAAGGACAUGCGUAUCGUGGAUGAGCUCUUCAGCAAGGGCGACGUCAACGCUCGAGCCAGCCAGGCUGGUCAGACGGGGCUGAUGCUGGCGGUCAGUCACGGCAGGAUGGACAUGGUUCGGGCCCUGCUGGCUCACGGGGCCGACGUCAACAUCCAGGACGACGAAGGCUCCACAGCGCUGAUGUGCGCCAGCGAACACGGACACGUCGAGAUCGUCAAACUGCUGCUGUCUCAACCCGGCUGUGACGCCACGCUGAACGACAGCGAUGAGAGUAAUGCCCUGUCCAUCGCUCUGGAAGCAGGACACAAGGACAUUGCAGUGUUGCUGUAUGCACAUGUCAACUUCUCCAAAGCCCAGUCACCUGGGACCCCUCGACUCGGCAGAAAGAUGUCACCCAGUCCCACUCGGAGGAGCAUGUUCGAUUAAAGGCCCCGCCUCCCCCUACAAACCCUGAGCUGCUAUUGGUUCACGCUGCCUUACCCACAGCUGGAUGAGGGAUGUAAGCCCAAGCACCAACCAAUGAGAAUUCUGGAAAUAUUUGUUAUUUAUGUGCACACUGAUGAGCCCAAAGUGCCCUCUGAAUAUGAAUGUAACCAGCUGGUGCCUCGAGUCCCAUCAGAAUCUGGCUGAAAUAAUCAGCAAACCAACACGGACACAAAAGCUACUAAAUGCCAUUUUUCUUUUGGUCCUUUUUUUCUUUUGCAAUUUGACACAUUUUUUUUUUUUUUUUUCUUAAGCUCAAUGUUGAUCAUUCAAGAGCACCAAAACAUUUGUGAUUAAUUUUUGUUUAGUUUUUUUGGUUCGCAUCAGAGUAGACAGAUGGAGAAUUAUCCACCCACGUGUUAGAGGAAAUAUUUCCUGUAUAUAUUGCUCGCCUCGACAUCCCGGCCUCACAUGUGCACCGAGCUCUCUACAGUACGUGUACAACUCGUGUGGAUGAACGCAUCAAUGAAUAGAUGCGACCUAGACUGGAGAAAAUUGUACUUUUAUACAAAUCCUUUGUAUCUAUUUAAAAAGAAUCACAGUAUUUUGAAUAUUUCCUAUUACUGCUUAACGACCCAUGAAGUUAUAUAUUUAUCAAAGUAUAGUUUUUAAUGCAGAUAUAUGUAUUUCAUUGUACAUAGUGGUCAAUAGAGUUUAGUUAUUCUCCUUUUUGUGUCCACUUUCUUUCCGUCUGUCAUGUAAUAUAAGCUGUCUGUCCUCUAGUAUUCAUCAAGGUACUGACUUUCAUUCCUCCAAUGAGAAUUGAAGUGCCUGAGACUUCGACAUAUAACAAUAAACAUCAAUUAAAGAAUAAA